AUGACAUUUUAUGAUGUCAAGUGUUUAACAGUUGACUGUGCAAAAUCGAAUGAUAUGCUUCGUAUACCUUUUUCUAAUGCUUCUCAGCCCCAACAGUUUGGCAUGACUGGAACCAGAAAUUUUAUGGUGAAAACAAGUGAUAAUGAAUUCCUGGGUGCUUGGCACGUUCUCCCUAAGAGUUUGAUUCCAACUGUGGACGACCAGAUUGAUUUCGAUAAUAGCCUGAAAUCAGGCAAACCUAUUUUUAUUUAUUUCCAUGGUAAUUCGGGCUCUAGAGCGUCUUAUCAUAGGAUAGAAAUAUAUAAGAGAUUUUCUUCCUUCGAUUACCACGUUGUUACAGUUGACUAUCGAGGAUACGAAGAUUCUUCUGGAAUUCCUUCAGAGGAAGGCCUGACUGAAGAUGGAAUAUCAUUGUGGAAAUGGACUAAACAGAGGAGCGGUUCAUCUCCAAUAUAUAUUUAUGGUCAUUCACUGGGAGGCGCUGUUGCAGUAAAUGUCGCAGCUCGCCUAUGCGACUCUGAUGAAUGUCCAAAGGGUGUAAUAAUCCAAAGUUCGUUCUCUUCACUACAAGAAGCUUGCUAUGGGCAUAUACUCAGUAAGCCGCUUAAGAUAUUGCCAUUCUAUUAUUCCAAUGUAUUGAAUGUAGUAUCUGGUGAAUACAUGGUUAAAGAAAGGAUUCGUGGAGUGCAUUGCCCUAUUUUGAUAAUCCAUGCAAAUCAAGACGCAGUUAUUCCAAUUUCUUUGGCUGAGGAGUUAUAUAAAGCUGCUAAAUCAAGACCAGCAUCUUCAGGAAAAGUUGUCUUAGAAAAACUCGAUGAUACUCAGCUUGGGCAUAAUAACAUCCAUAGAUUUGAUCGAUUUUCUGAUAUGAUUAGGUAUUGA